AUGAGGGAAUAUGUAAUUGAAAUGGAAUUUUGUGGAGGUGGGACACUCUCCCAACUGAUAGACAACCCUUAUAGUCAAGGUCUUCCCGAAUCUUGCAUCGCUUAUGUAUGUCGGGAAGUGUUAAAGGGUCUGUCACACCUCAACAAAAAGCACAUAAUGCACAGAGACAUCAAGCCCCUCAAUAUUGCGCUAACCGAAGACGCCGGGAUACGUUUAAUUGAUUUUGGGCUUGCGCGAAAAGUGAAAAGAUUUCGGGCUUGUAAAGAACUGCAGGGAACGCCACACUACAUAGCGCCUGAAGUGUGGACAUGCAGCUCACAUAAUUUCAAGUGCGACAUAUGGGCUUUGGGAAUUACUGCCAUUGAGAUGGCCCAAGCAAGAUGUCCACUACUCCAUUUACAACGAGAAGCAGUUGGAGAACAAGUUGUUUUUGGAGAUCCUCCAACUCUGAGUCGACCAUACAGAUGGUAAGCUAACCA